UGUGCGGCCAUAAGUCCCAUUUCCAAAAAGUCAAAACCAAAAUAGACAUCCUGCUCCUCUACCUGUCUAGUGUCUACCCUUGUAAGAUACGUUUGGAUAAAGCCAAUAAUCAAGUAUAGGAAGAAAAAAAAUUCUUUGAAUAAAGUUAUUUUUAUAAGAUAUUUUCAUAAGCCAAAUAGAAUAGCAGAAUAUGAAUAUCUACUAAAAUAAAAUAUCAGCAUCCAAAGCAUAAGUUUUACCAACAACAGAGAGCCAGAGAAUACAACUGCAGAGCAUAGACCCAAUCCCCAAUUUUCUUCCACAAUAAGAAACUCCUCUUCCUGUGUUAUAUUAAGUCCUUGAACAUUUUCAUCCUUGCAUGUUCUUUUUCUGCAUAGCAAAAGCUUUGGUUUACAGUAACAAGGAAAUCAUUAUCAACCUGAGACCAAAAAAGAAAAAAGGUUAACGGCAGCAAUCAGUGGAGAGUGGAGACAUGGUUUUACUAAUAAUUUACUAUUAGAAUUUAGAACCCACCGUAAUCAUUUCCUCCUUCAUUUUUCCCUUUUCAUCCAAAAAAAAAAAACAGAGAAAAGAGAACAGAGAAAAAAUGAAAUCCAACACCUCAACACUACUCUCUUGAUCAGAUAUGUCAACCACCCAUACCCAAACACGCCACCAUGGCCUUCUCGCCGCGAUGCUGCUCUUCCUCCACCUGCUCCUUCCGCCGCCUCAUACCGCCGCGCAGGCCGUUAACUCGCUGCCGCCUCCGCCGCCAGAUGCCAUCUCCAAGGUGAAGUUCGACAAGUCCAUGGCCGUCGUCCUGGUCAUCCUCGUCAUCGUGUUCUUCGCCCUCGGCUUCCUCUCCGUGUACACGCGCCAGUGCGCGGAGCGUAGGAUGAGAGCGAGGUUCGACCUCACGUUCCCCCUCGCCGGAAGCCACCGCCGGCAGCGUGGUUUGGACCGGGAGAUCAUCGAGACGUUCCCGACGUUUGUUUACUCCGCCGUGAAGACACAGAAGAUAGGUCGUGCCACGCUAGAAUGCGCCGUGUGCCUCAACGAGUUCAACGACGACGAAACGCUGCGUUUAAUUCCAAAGUGCAGCCACGUGUUCCACCCUGAUUGCAUUGACGCAUGGCUCGCUAACCACUCUACCUGCCCCGUUUGCCGCGCCAACCUCUUCCCCUCCGACAACAACAAUAACGAUAACGGCACCUUCGUUGCCGUUCAGAUCCCUGAUCCUGAGUCCAACGGUUCACAUAGAUCCGAAAUUGCACAGAUUAAUAACGGUAACGAUAACGGCGGAGGAGGAACGGCAACGGUAACGGAGUCUCCGAAGAUGGAUAGUUCAGUUAAUCAGAGGCGUACGCCGUUACGGUCAUGGUCAACGGGGUUUAGGAUUGGGAAUUUGUUUCCAAGGUCGCACUCGACGGGUCACUCGCUGGUCCAACCGGGGGAAAGCUUGGAGCGGUUUACGCUGAGGCUGCCGGAGGAGGUGCGAAACCGGCUGCUUAUGAGUUCGACGCCAUGUCAGACGACAAGCAACGGCGGCGCGGCGUUCUCUCGAGAGAGCAGCGUGAGGAGAGGGUUUAGAACCCGGAGUGUGGGUCCCGGGAGGGGCUACUUGCAGUAUGAACGGUUUGGCGGGGUGGAGCGGCGAGGGUUCAAUUGGACGCCGGCGUUUUUUAGUAGGGCCAGUUCUACCCGGUCUCCGGGGAACGGUUCGACGGCGGAGGAGAAGAAGGAGGUGGCGGUGGAAAUUGGUGAACGGUCUUCGGAUCGGUUAUUUGCAGGUGGUGAGAGUUAGGUAUUUGUUUAGGUUUCUAAUUUAGGUAAUUUGGUUGGUUGGUUGGAGUUGAAGGCGAUUGUCAAUUAGCUUCAUUUUCACACUACAAUUUUAUUUUUACUUUUACUUUUACUUUUACUUUUACCAAUGUGUCAAAGCAUACAAGAUCAGAUAUAUACACACAAAAUGCUACAUAGAGAUUCAUCCAAA